GCAGGGCUGUUGGCCAUAUCCCGCUUCCAGCACUGCCUGCAAUGGAGCUACCAGCAGCCAUGAAGUGGAGCAUAUCAGUUUCCUUCAUUCUCCUGCUAAGCUUUGCUGCAUCCAAAGCCGUGCACACCAAUGAGUUUGGAGUAGCUUCCACGUUAGAUUCUCCCCAGUGCUUGAACGAGAAGGAUAUACUUAACAUAGCCACCAUCACCAUUACCCAGUUCGUUCAGGAAGCUACUCAGGAGGAAGUGAACAAAAUGACUAGUGAUGUGUUGACCACAAUGAAGAAAAACACUGGCGAUGGGUGUUUAGAAAUCCAGCUAUCUGUGUUUCUGGAUGAAAUUUGUCACGAGACAGAACUCUCUAACAAGUAUGGGCUCUCAGGCUGCUGCAGCCAAAGUGGAGCAGAAAGACACCAGUGUUUGCUGGCACGCAAGAAGACUGCUCCAAACUCUGUCCCACCCUUCCAGUUUCCAGAAACUGCUGAGAGUUGUAAAGCAUAUGACGAAAACAGGGCGAUGCUCAUGAACAGGUUCAUCUAUGAAGUGUCCAGGAGGAACCCCUUCAUGUACGCCCCUGCUAUUCUGUCAUUGGCUGCUCAGUAUGACAAGGCUGUUCCAGCGUGCUGCAAAGCUGACAGCAUGGAGGAAUGCUUCCACACAAAGAGAGCAUCCAUUGCAAAGGAAUUAAGAGAAGGAAGCAUGCUAAACGAGCAUGUAUGUGCAGUGAUAAGAAAAUUUGGAUCCCGAAACCUUCAGGCCACGACCAUUAUUAGGCUAAGUCAAAAGUUUCCCGAAGCAAAUUUUACGGAGAUUCGGAAGCUGGCCCUGGAUGUGGCCCACAUCCACAAGGAGUGCUGCCAAGGAAACGCGCUUGAGUGCCUGCAGGAUGGGGAAAAAGUCAUGACAUAUAUAUGUUCUCAACAAAAUAUUCUGUCAAGCAAAAUAGCAGAGUGCUGCAAAUUACCCACGCUCGAACUCGGCUUUUGCAUAAUUCAUGCAGAAAAUGGCGUCAAACCUGAAGGUUUAACUCUAAAUCCAAGCGAAUUUUUGGGAGACAGAAAUUUUGCCCAAUUUUCUUCAGAGGAAAAAAUCAUGUUCAUGGCAAGCUUUCUUCAUGAAUAUUCAAGAACUCACCCCAACCUUCCUGACUCAGUCAUUCUAAGAAUUGCUAAAACAUACCAGGCAAUAUUGGAGAAGUGUUCCCAGUCUGGAAAUCCACCUGCAUGUCAGGACAACCUGGAAGAAGAAUUGCAGAAACAUAUCGCGGAGAGCCAGGCGCUGGCCAAACAAAGCUGUGCUCUCUACCAGAAGUUCGGAGACUACAAAUUACAAAAUCUGUUCCUCAUUGAUUACACGAGGAAAGCCCCUCAGCUGACCUCAGAGGAUCUGAUUGACCUCACCGGGAAGAUGGUGAGCAUUGCUUCCAAGUGCUGCCAGCUCAGUGAGGAGAAAUGGUCCGGUUGUGGUGAGGGAAUGGCUGACAUUUUCAUUGGACACUUGUGUAUAAGGCAUGAAACAAACCCUGUGAACUCUGGUAUCAGCCACUGCUGCAACUCCUCGUAUUCCGACAGGAGGUUGUGCAUCACCAGCUUUCUGAGGGAUGAAACCUAUGUCCCUCCACCAUUCUCUGAAGACAAAUUCAUCUUCCACAAGGAUCUGUGCCAAGCUCAGGGCAAAGCCCUACAGACCAUGAAACAAGAGCUUCUCAUUAACCUGGUGAAGCAAAAGCCUGAAAUGACAGAGGAGCAGCAUGCGACUGUCACUGCUGAUUUCUCUGGCCUUUUGGACAAGUGCUGCAAAGCCCAGGAACAGGAAGUCUGUUUCGCAGAAGAGGGUCCAAAGCUGAUUUCCAAAACUCGUGAUGCUUUGGGGGUUUAAACAUCUCCAGAAGGAAGAGUGGACAAAAAAAUGUUUUGACGCUUUGGUUUAAUUGUAACUGAUAGUACUUUAACCACAUGGUAAAGACUUCAAUGUGAGAUUUCUAUAUCUUAAGAAUAAAAACUUUUCCACUGUU